AUGGUGUUAAAGCGUUUAAAAGCAAAACUGAAGCGCCCGCCGCCACCGACAACCGCAGGUCCAACACAAGCAAAAAAUGACGAGGGGAUCCCUGCGCCGACCGGCCCCCCUAAAAUCGUGACGGGCGACCGCGAUCUCUGGCUCGAAGCAUUUGAGAAACUGCCUCAAAAUUUGCAGCUAGGGCUCGAGAGGCGCGGAAUGAAAAGCUCUGAGCCCCUGGUCGAUCAGAUUGAACGGUUCCAAAAGGAGGCUGAAAGACUGCGCGACCAAAGCAUGGCCAAGGACUGGAAAAUUCAAAUUGGAGAGCGUCAAGUCCCAAUAAGACAAACAGUUGUUGGGAUUGUUCACUGGGCCACAAAAAUCGGAGAUGUGGCCAUUCAAUUUUCUCCAUCUCCUGGGGCCGGAGCUUGGGCAGUUGCCAAGUCGAUUUUGCAGGUUGGUUACCAGGACAUCUCGAUGAAGUGGAAUAUACUAGCGAGUGCUAAUCCGGAAAUUGACACAUUUGAUAAAGAAAGAAGUGCACUUCUCUCUGUUGUUGAUAAAGUGGCCGGUGUCAUGUUCUGCGGCCAGGUCUACUACGAGAUAUACACUGCCGAGCGGACCGGAAGACAGGAUGUAGUGAACAAGCUUCACGAUACUUUAGUCGACCUGUAUGCGUGUAUACUAGACCUUUUAGCCACUUCAACUGAUCUAUCGUCCAAUACUGCGGUGCAAUUCUGCCGCGCAGUCUUCGACACUAGGAAGCCUUCCGCAAAGCUAUCUGAACUGCAAGGCCUGGAGCAGGAUCUUACGGCGGCUGCAGUUAAAUGUGAAAUCACAGCUCAUGCGUGUCAAGAUGAUAUUGUGAAGAAGUAUCUUCAAGAGGCUGAAGAUUCCCUCCGCACAAUUGACCGUAAUAUGGAGCAAGUCCUUCAGUUGGUGAGCGAGCAUGAGCGGAGAAGCCUUCUCGAGUGGAUCUCUACUAUCCAAUACGGCCGGCAUCACGAUGAGAUUGAGGAAAAAAGAAAUCCAAAUACUGGAGAUUGGCUCAUUCAGCACCCGAAGUUCUGCGAGUGGAUGGAUUCGCCCACAUCUGGCGCCUUGUGGCUCCAAGGAUCUCCUGGCGCCGGAAAAACAUAUUUGACCUCGGCAGUAGCCAAGCACAUUGGAGCUACCAUGAGCUCUCAGAUGGAAGGUUUCGCAUUUUUCUUCUGCAACCGAGACGAGCAGAAUCGGCGCCAAGCACUUUCGGUACUCCGAAGCCUAGUUCGCCAGCUCGCCGCUCCAAAACACAACACCCAGUCUGUUAGAAAAAGUCUUCAAGAGGCACGAGAAAAGGCUACAGAUAGAGCUUCAGAGCUUGGGUUAUCAGAUUGUCAAGGUCAACUUCUCGAGUCCUUCAAUUUGUACCCAACAACCUUCAUCGUUCUGGACGCGUUGGAUGAAGUCCUGGAAGAUGAACUUGACAUUCUCAUGGAGAAGCUGGAUGAUCUUGUUCGCAAGACGCAAGCCGGAAACAAAGUGAAACUAUUCGUUUCCAGUCGGCCCGAGAAAGAGAUUGCUCGAAUGUACGGUUCGGGGCCAACAGUCAUUAUCAACGCUGGAGACAACAAGACCGACAUCAAGAGAUUUGUAAAGAUGGAAAUGGAUACGAUUGAGAAGCGAUAUCCUAACUCGGACGUUGCUCUCAUGAAGGAGAAGAUCACCACUACCAUUCUCGACAAGUGUGACAACAUGUUCCUUUGGGCAGCCCUCCAAGUAAAGCAAGUUACCCGGUGCGAUUCAAUUGACUCGAUUAUGUACGCACUGGAAACUCUGCCAAGAGGAUUGAAUGCUGCAUAUGACCAAAUUUACUCCAAAAUCCAGGAUCGUCCACUCCCCGAGAGAACAUUGGCCGAAAGGACCAUCAAAUGGGUGAUGUGUGCUCCAUCUCCGCUCUCUACCGAAGAGCUACUUGGUGCCGUCCAGAUCAGCCUCGAAAAAGAUCAGAUCAAGCUGGUGAACCUUGUCCAGCGAGAGUCGUUAUUGUCAAUCUGUGAGAACUUGUUGAUAGUGGACUCCGAGGGUGAUUGGAGGUUCUUCCAUCUCUCUGCCCGAGAAUAUUUUGAAACAACUCACCAUCUUACCCAACCUGCAUUUGCGUUCUGUGCACAAGUGUGCUUUCGCUCUCUUAUCAGCACAUUCAGCUCAACCAAAGUCUCAGAAGUCCUCCCAAAAUGGCUGCAGAGAUCGUCGGAUAUUCCGGUCGAGGAUGCUAAGAACCCAUUUGACGUCACGCAUCCGUUUUCUAAACAUGUUCAGGCCUUUUGGCCAUUCUAUGCCCUCGAGCAGACAGAAAGCGACGAAUCAAUCAAAUAUCUGAAACAGUUCCUCGGUUCUCUGGAGGAAAGUAGUCCUUUCUUCGUUCGAUGGGCUGCUCACAUGUUCCCUCCAGACGAGUCUUGGAGGGUCUUCUAUUCUUCAAGAUAUUUGUCGCUGUUGAAAAUUGAGCUUUCUCCCACCACAACGCCAAUUUUUGCGUUGGCCCACUUUUCGCUUCACAAUGUUCUCCAUGAGUGGUUUGACAAUCAAACAUUUGAUCCCAACCAGAAGAAUAGAUCUGGUGACAGUCUACUUACAAUCUCCGCUCUGAAUAACUGUGUUCCUUUGUGCGCAGACCUCAUCGAGCGAGGAGUCUACGUCAACCAGCCCUCUGCGAGUGAUAAAUAUGGCAGUGCACUUACUGCCGCCGCGUGCUCUAAAAGCCUAGAGGUAGUAAGAUAUCUCGUGGAGGAGGCUCACGCGGACGCGAAUCUUCUACCUCAGGUUGGUGAUUAUGGUAGUGCACUUACUGCCGCCGCGUGCUCUGGAAGCCUAGAGGUAGUAAGAUAUCUCGUGGAGGAGGCUCACCCGGACGUGAAUCUUCUACCUCAGGUUGGCUAUUAUGGUAGUGCACUUACUGCCGCCGCGUGCUCUGGAAACCUAGAGGUAGUAAGAUAUCUCGUGGAGGAGGCUCACGCGGACGCGAAUCUUCUACCUCAGGUUGGCCGUUAUGGUAGUGCACUUACUGCCGCCGCCUACCAUGGAGACUUAGAGGUAGUAAGAUACCUCGUGGAGGAAGCUCACCCGGACGUGAAUCUUCUACCUCAGGUUGGCUAUUAUGGUAGUGCACUUACUGCCGCCGCGUGCUCUGGAAGCCUAGAGGUAGUAAGAUAUCUCGUGGAGGAGGCUCACCCGGACGUGAAUCUUCUACCUCAGGUUGGCUAUUAUGGUAGUGCACUUACUGCCGCCGCGUGCUCUGGAAGCCUAGAGGUAGUAAGAUACCUCGUGGAGGAGGCUCAGGCAGACGCAAAUCUUCUACCUCAGGUUGGUGAUUAUGGUAGUGCACUUACUGUCGCCGCCUACCAUGGAGACUUAGAGGUAGUAAGAUACCUCGUGGAGGAAGCUCAGGCAGACGCAAAUCUUCUACCUCAGGUUGGUGAUUAUGGCAGUGCGCUUACUGCCGCCGCCUACUAUGGAGACUUAGAGGUAGUAAGAUACCUCGUGGAGGAAGCUCAGGCAGACGCAAAUCUUCUACCUCAGGUUGGCCAUUAUGGCAGUGCACUUACUGCCGCCGCCUACCAUGGAGACUUAGAGGUAGUAAGAUACCUCGUGGAGGAAGCUCAGGCAGACGUCAACCUCGAGUUUCGGUUCGCCGGGUGUAGUACUGCACUCGAUGUCGCACUGUCUAAAGCUACACAGCCACGCGAUCCGUGGUCUCUCGCAGAGCCUGAAGAUUUCCAGGCCAUUGCUGAAUAUUUGAUUAGCAAGGGGGCAGUCGCAAGUCAAUGA